AUCACGGGCUAGGGAACAGCGAGGAGCCAGUGGAGCGUCCGGGCUGCCGAACGAGCCGGGCUGUGGGGUCAGGAACCGGUCUGACAGCGGAAUGGCAACCCUGCCCGGGACUGACAGUCAGCAGCGCUGCGCACUUCGGGCAUGAAGCUGCCGGCGCGCUGCAUCCCACGGCUACACGCAGAGGAGGACGAUGCCAAGACGUGUUUCAGGUCAUUUUAAGUGCGUCUAAAGAUGUCCGAUAGUGUCGAUAUUGAAGAGAAACCGCCUGCCCCCCCGUUGAGAAUGAACAGCAACAACAGAGAUUUUUCCACGGCGAAUCACGGCUCCAAACCGCUCCCGAUGGCUCCUGAAGAGAAAAACAAGCGGGUCCGACUGCGAUCCAUCUUUCCUGGGGGAGAUAAAACCAAUAAGAAGAAAGAAAAGGAACGUCCUGAAAUAUCUCUACCCUCUGAUUUUGAGCACACAAUACAUGUCGGCUUUGACGCCGUGACGGGGGAGUUCACCGGUAUCCCCGAGCAAUGGGCGCGGCUCCUCCAGACCUCCAACAUCACCAAGCUGGAGCAGAAGAAGAAUCCGCAGGCCGUGCUGGACGUGCUCAAGUUCUACGACUCCAAAGAAACAGUCAACAACCAGAAGUACAUGAGCUUCACGUCCGGAGACAAAUCAGCACAUGGUUACCUGGCGACCAACACACUGAACCGACUCCUGUCCUCCGGGCCUCCGGUCAGCCUUAGAACCUGCAGCGCUUUAUUUGACAAGGGUACGAAGACAGCGUCAGAGCCCCCAUUAGCACCACCUGUGUCGGAGGAGGAGGAUGAAGAGGAAGAGGAGGACGAGGAAGAGGAUGACAAUGAACUUCCGCCGGUCAUUGCUCCUCGGCCGGAGCACACCAAAUCGAUCUACACGCGAUCCGUCAUAGAGCCGGCGGCGCCAGCGGCCCCCGUGAAGGAGGUCACCACCCCCCCGGAGACACAGGGCCCGGAGAACACCUCCACCAGCCUGUACCGGAAUACCGACCGGCAGAGGAAGAAGUCCAAGAUGACAGAUGAGGAGAUUCUGGAGCGGCUGAGAAGCAUCGUGAGCGUGGGCGACCCAAAAAAGAAGUACACGCGCUUCGAGAAAAUAGGACAAGGGGCGUCUGGGACUGUGUAUACAGCCAUCGAUAUUGCCACGGGUCAGGAGGUGGCCAUCAAGCAGAUGAACCUGCAGCAGCAGCCGAAGAAGGAGCUGAUCAUCAACGAGAUCCUGGUGAUGAGGGAAAACAAGAACGCCAACAUCGUCAACUACCUGGACAGCUACCUGGUUGGGGAUGAGCUAUGGGUGGUGAUGGAGUACCUGGCUGGAGGUUCCCUCACGGAUGUGGUGACUGAGACCUGCAUGGACGAAGGCCAGAUCGCCGCUGUCUGUCGAGAGUGCCUUCAGGCUCUGGACUUCCUGCACUCCAACCAGGUCAUCCACAGAGACAUCAAGAGCGAUAACAUCCUGCUGGGAAUGGAUGGCUCCGUGAAACUCACCGACUUCGGCUUCUGUGCCCAGAUCACCCCCGAGCAGAAUAAGCGCAGCACUAUGGUGGGCACGCCCUAUUGGAUGGCCCCCGAGGUCGUGACCCGGAAGGCGUACGGCCCCAAGGUGGACAUCUGGUCUCUCGGCAUCAUGGCCAUUGAGAUGGUGGAGGGUGAACCACCGUAUCUGAAUGAGAAUCCGCUCAGGGCUCUGUACCUAAUCGCAACCAACGGGACACCUGAGCUCCAGAACCCGGAGAGGCUGUCCUCUGUGUUCCGUGACUUCCUCAACCGGUGCCUGGAGAUGGACGUAGACCGGAGAGGCUCUGCUAAGGACCUCUUGCAGCACUCAUUCCUGAAACUGGCCAAACCACUCUCCAGCCUGACGCCCCUGAUUGUAGCUGCAAAGGAUGCCAUUAAGAAUGGCAGCCGUUAAGCCAUGCCUCCCCCUUCAAUGCAAGACCAUCGAGGAACUCGUACAGGGCAGCAUAAGGACCAAAAUACCCCCAAAUGGAAAAAGGACUUCUGCACUUUGGGGAAUCGAAAAAGCUCAGGCCAUCAUGUGAGCUGGGGAGCACUCAUUUGAGUCCUGGAACUCUUGCGUCUGUCAGAAGUGUUCGUGUGCAGCGGGGGAGCAUGGCAUUCGGGGGAAAAAUCCUUCUGCUCAUCCUCUGGAUUCAGAGAACGGUUCGAGAAGAAAACAAAACUUUAAAACACCUUUGGUGUGCAGAAGGGCCUUUUGUUUAGAUGAAGCCUACAGUUUUCUUGUCUCCUCCAUCGCCCUCUUAACAAAAUGGACUAUCGGACAUCUUUGCUCACAAGAGACCAACCUUAGAACUACGGACACCCAACAGAGCUGCAUGAUCAUGCCUAUCUGAUGUGACUCACAAGUCCAUACUGUACCUUCUUUCUGAGUGUGUAGAACUGUGUGUGAGUGAGUGCCAACGUAUGUGGAUGAGAGAUAGCUUACCUUUUAUGGAAAAGUUUGGGGAAAUCAUUCUUUUUUAUGUUAUUGAAGGAUAUUACUGAUCUGGGAUCAUCGAGCAUUUCUGUACGCUUGUUUGUUUCGGAUCAACCUGAAAGGGACUGUGAAAACAGUUAAUAGCAACUUAAAAUGGCCAACUAUGGGCUCUGAAGCAAACGAGUAAUUCUUAGAAAUAGGAAUUAGGUUCCUCUGCUGAUGUAAUCAAAAUCAUAAGCUGAAGAUGAAGAAAGACGCCAAGGCAUACAUUCACGAUAAACACAGAGGGGUAGAUUCACAGGAGGUUACAAAGUGACAAACAGUGGGGUUAUUGUCUUGAAGUUAGCGAAAGUUUGCAGUUUGCAGAGUCUCACCUGAUAACACGGCGAGUCCUUCUGUCUUUUAUCCCCCCGUAUUCCAGUCUCGCUAUGAAGAGAGCCAUUCAGACCAUGUGCACAGAGAGAGUUUGAGGUCAUACCCUGGUACCUUAUUGCAUGAAGGCUAAUCUUAUAUGAAUGGUAGGCCAAACAUGGUCCGUCCGGCACCCCCGUAUUUCCUGUGAUGGUAGCCAUAGAGGCAGAGACCUUGGAUACAUUUUUUUUAAUACUCUUUGUGAAAGAAUUCAUGCCAUCCAUGCAUGUGAACGUUGGGAGUCAGCGUUAAAAGAAACAUACCGCAAACCUACAGCUAUGGGCUUAUUUUUUGUAACUCUUACCCUACACAUCGCCUUACCCGGACUUGAAUAUGCAGAUUCAAAAGACCGUGAUUCGCACACACCUUGACAGCAUGUGGAAUCAACACAGAAAUCAUAAUAAUUAAAAGAAAAAAACAUGGAAGCGUUGCAUGCUAAUGACUUACACUCUCAGAGCUUCUGCGCUAUGCAUUUACACAUACGUGCCACAAGGCAUUCCUGCAGGACGCGUUUGGCAUGCACACACCAGUAUUGCAAUACGAGUGACUUGGUGCUUGCAUUCAUCUUUUACUCUGUCGCAACAGGAGAAGGAAUGUGGAACGGACUCUUUGGUAUGCGGAAGACGUGACUCGCAGUGAGCCGGAUGUGUGCUCAGAAGUUAACCUUAAGAUAAGAUAAAACUUCAUUUAUCCUGAGGGAAACUGUUGAACAGAUACAACAAGGCUUUCAUUCUCCAGCAGUUUAACCACAAGGCAAGCAUGCUGUUCUGUAUGGGCCAUGGGUCUUUGUGAAAGACGUUGGCGAGAUUAUCCCAACAAACCACAUCUUCUCGUGCCUCUCGAAAAAAAAAUGGGGAUAAUCUGCCAAAGUCAAUUUGCACGAAAAGGCUUUUUCCUGGACAGCUACCAUUUGAUGCGUUUUGGCCAAGAUGUAGGAGAACUACGAUCUUUCUUUGACAAGUUAAUAUUUACCUUGAUGUGAAUCAACCCCUAGCUGUUAACGAUGAUCUCCUGUACAGUUUGACAGGCCAGUUGUACAAAUUAGCGCAACCCUCAAAUGGGUCACGGAUGUACACGUAUGUGUGCAUGUAUCCGAAUAUUCACGAAAUAAGCGUGUAACUUUUUAUAAGGGGUGCUAUUUUUUAAAAGCAAUUCUCAGAGCUUAAGUAACCAUUCUGUCUCCUCAAAACUGUGUAUGGAAACAUAAAAGCAUUUAGUGUGGGUGUAUGUAUGUAGGGGUAUUGUUUGGGGUGUGGGAGGGAAGGGAUUCUGGCAACCUAUCCUAGGCCUGGAUUCAAGUGGUAUUAUACGACACUUUUUUUUUGGGGGGGGGGGAUUUGAUACUUCUACCCCUGAGCUCAGCUAUUCCAAACAGUGUCCCCUGUAUGUAUGUUUGUGUGUGCUUUAGGGUGGGGAGGGGGAUAAGCUUGUCAUUAACAAACGAUUUGAUUCUAUUAGUGAUUCUGUGUACGUUUUUGUGACUGUACCCUACUUUCGAGACAUGAAUGAUUACUAUAAAUGACACAACACGAAAUGCCUAUUUUCCAGCCUGCUAUAUUUUUUUUUAAUCUUGUUCUCCUGCUGAGAACCUGAGUGAAAACGUCAAGCGCCUGAUUAGAAGCCGUCAAAGAGUUUUCGAUACUGCAGGUCAAAAUGCUGAUUUAGAACGGGGAUUUUAAUGGAGAAAAAUAGCAUUUCCAUAGCAACGGAGCCCCGCCCUCAUGUAAAUAGCUUAUAAUCUGGCGGGGCACUCACAAAAUCUUCUGAUAGAGUAAAGGUGGAGCUAACAAAUAAUUAUUUAAAGUGUUUUCUUUUCCCCCCUUUUUUUUCCCCGAAAGGAAACAGAACUACAGAAAAGCUACCAACUUAGAGUUCAGAGAAACUCGUGCUUAGUUUUGGGCUGUUAAGAGGAAAACGUUUACAUUUUAUUUAUUUAGCAAACUCUUUUUUUCCCAAAGGGAUGAAAAUUUUUUUCUUUUUUUGAGAAAGCAGGGUCAGACAGACCUUGGAGCAACUGGGGGUGAAGGGCUUUGUUCAGGGGCCCGAUGGUGAGGGUUAGAGGCCUUGCUGAGGGGCCCAGUGGUAAAAUCACUCUGCUGAGCCCGGGAUUUGUACCAGCGACCUUCCGAUCACAGGCCCAGCAGCCUACCCCGCUGAGCCACACACUGCCCCCACUACAAAACCACUAUCAAUAGUAUUGCAGCUCUUCAUGCAGUAGUCAUGAACAAUCUAGACUGGAUCUCUGACCUCCAUAUUCAACGGGCUCAUGACAACCUGAAAUGGCACUAAAUGCCGGUCCUCCCUCUACCUUGUCCUCUCGCACGGUAUCAACGGUCCUCUUCUUGUGACACCCCAACCCCCCCCCCAGGAGAAGGCUUUCCAGUUCCAUUAGGAUGGACCUACCUCGACCCCACCCUGGACAUCACCGCUGUGCUGAUCCCACCCACAACACUGUGGGGCAUGAUCCCCCAAACCUGCCUUCAGCUACGCGUACUAAACAGGCCAUAAGCGGACCCCCCCCCCCCCCCCCUGGCAUGGGGAAUACAGGACUGGUGCCGUGUAUAUUUUCACAUAAACCAGCCGCUUGGAAAAUUGGAAAAAAUCUAAGCUCAGGUAUCGGUGUGCAGUCAGCUCCGUGGCAUAUAUUUUUUAAUGAAUUGGUCCACUCAAAAAAUUAUUUAAAAAUAUCUACGCCCUCAAGCAGUAAUAGUAUUUUAAGUGUUUGUGGCAGAGUUAUGUACAGAGGAGAAAAAAAAACAACAGCAGAGUUCUUUAUCUGUCGUGACUUGUUACGGUAACGUGCAUGUUAGAGAGAGUAAGAUGGUUCCCUUCUUUUAGGUUGGUUCAGUUCAGUUUCUCUGUGGAAAUCUGUCAGGGUUCAAUAGAAGAGGCACAAAAAAAUACCUCCCAAGAUAGUGGAUGUCCAACUCUCAGUUCAAAAUAUUGUUCAUUGCUCCUCUACAUUCCUGCUUUUGUUUUCUGAAUGUGUAUAUCUAUACAUGUGGUGAACUCUUCUAAAAAUGUGUAUUAUGACAGACCGCAGAUGGGAUGUGUGUCGGUAUAGACGGUGACAUUUUGUAACAGCUGGGACAUUCCAUGAAGCUCAGCGCAUUUUUUCCAUUCUUUUAAGGCGAGACAGAGAGAGAGAGAGAGUGCACGAGAGGCGAAAGUGUGAAGUGAGCGAUUUGUUUCAAAUUGGGUAUUUUUAAUUGUGAUUGAAACAGCAGAUUUUUUUUUACUCUAAGUUAUGCAUGGCAGUGUCUUUAGUGUAAAACAAAUGGAAAAAAACCCUAAAGUUUGGGAAAUUAACUGAAAUAAAAUUGAGAGAAAAAAAACCUCUAAUCAA